AAUUGGUUAUUUUAUCCAGAUUUACAAAAAUCCUUUUCAUGCCGGUCAUCUGAGCAGCCUCUGGGGACGGACGCCAUUGUCCACGCGGAGCUGGCCAGAGACACUCGAUCCCUCGUCUCUUGUAUCGGUUACCCCUUCGAUGAGAGAGGCCGCCACGGAGACCGCAGCCUCCCUGGACGGACAGUUAAUCCUCGACUUACAACUAGAACGAAGUCCCGAAUUUCCGCAGCUUGUGACGUUUGUGAAUUGCAGGCUGAGAGUGGAAGGAGAGGAGGGAAAGAGCACCUGUGGGAACGUUCUCCCAGAAAAAGCUGCCGGCUGCUGUAUAUCUCAGGCCCCAGGAUGCCACGGCAAUUGGAGAGGGCUAUGGAGAUCAUCAUCAACGUCUUCCACCAGUACUCCAGCAAAGGAGGCGACAAGGAUAAGCUGAGCAAGAAGGAGCUGAAGGAGCUGCUGCAGAAGGAGUUGGGCUUGGAGACCCAGAAAUAUCCAGAGGGGGUGGACAAGAUCAUGCGCGAUCUGGACCAGAACGGCGACGGGCAAGUCAGUUUCCAGGAGUUCGUGAACCUGGCGGUCACCGUACUUAUAACAAGAAACCCUUCCUUUUCGGAGGAAACCUGAGCUUGCCGGUGGCCCUUAGCGGGAACGCAAAGCUCGGGAGUUUUGGGGGGGGCUUCAAGCCCAGCUGUCCCCUUCGCAACGCCUUUUCCCCCGUUUCUCACGGCUUCUCUGCCCAACUGGGAGCACCCCGAGGUGCCAUGUAAUCGUCUGCUGGGACAGCCCUGCUGCUGAUUAAAGCUGUUUAGUGUG